AUGAUCCUUAUAAAGGGAAGCGUCUCUUCAACCGAGUUGCCCCCAAGCUCAGGUCUCCCCUCUUCCCUCAGAAAGCAGCAAAUGGGCAUUGACUCUGACCACUACCACUUCUCAAACAUGUACCACCACCACACAAAGCACUCCCCGUCCUCAAGGGCCGCAGACAUCUCCCGCCUCCUCGACCCAGCCUACUCACCGUCGAACACGACCCCCACAAAGGCCGCCUAUGUCGACCACCACGGCGACCUCCACGACCCAGACUUCAGACACUUCCCCUCCGCGUCUUCCUCAUCCAGGAACUCGCCCACAAAGCGACGGGCCGCGUCAACCCACUCGGCAUCCCACGCGUUUGCUCGCCCACAGUGGGAGCUCGGGACGCUCUACGACGACGUUGACGAAUUCGCUUUAGAUGAGGAUGAGGACGACGACGCGAGUAACAGCAACAACCACUAUGACUCGUACGCAUCACCCUUUUCUCAACGGGCUUCGCGCUAUGUUCGCGACCCGUAUUCACGAACAUCACCCAUCUACACCUACUCCUCAUACCACUACCCGACAUCCACAUAUUCAUACGCCUCAUCACCGGUAUCCUCUUCCCCCAUAUCAUACUCUUCCGACGAAACGGCUUUGAAUGACUCGCCUUCCGACGGUUCACCCCUCUCGGACGAGCCCUUGCCACUUCACAGACGGUGUGUGUCACGCCUACGUGCAAGUCGCCCACGGCACCGUUCGCAGUCCAGGGAUGAGAAGAGAGUAUCAGAGAGCAUAGAGGAGGCGCCAACGAGGCGAUCGAUCGAGUCCGCUAGAAGUGAGGCUCGCACACUUGCCCCAGGCAACAAUGACGCAGAAGAAGAAGAAGAAGAGCAGCAGCAGGAGUUUACACCAACGUGCGCACAAGCACUGAAGCGUCAGUGGUCUUGUAUCGCACUGCGAUGGCGGUUAGGCGUGUUCCGCGCGAAGAAGAAGGUCAGAAGACGGUUGAGUGCAGUUGUUCACCAGUGA